AUGGAAAAAUUCGACGUCAUCAUCUGUGGUAGCGGCUCUGCUGGUCUCUGCGCCGCAACCUGGCUCGCCCGUUACGGCAUCCGAUGCAAGAUUCUGGAGCGCCGUGAUGGCCCCAUGAAGAUGGGACAAGCAGAUGGUGUACAGUGUCGGACUGUCGAGAUUUUCGAGAGUUUCGGAAUUGGCGAAGAGUUGCUGCGCGAGGCUCACCAUGUUCUUGAAGUAAGCUUCUGGGCGGAUGAUGGGGCAGGUAUCAAGCGGACUGGUCGGACGGCUGAUACGCAGCCUGGAUUGUCACAUCUGCCACAUGUUAUCUUGAAUCAGGCGCGUAUUAACGGGCUGCUUAUUGAGCGGAUGGAGGAAUACAAUGAUCAGCGGAUUGAUUAUGGGUACAAUGUGACCGAUGUGCAGGUGGCUAGUGCUACUGCUUCUGAUCCUGGUUCUUAUCCUGUUACUGUGACUGCGGAACGCGAUGGAAAGACAGAGCAAUUUGCGGCAAAAUAUGUAUUGGCGUGCGAUGGUGCUCACAGCGUUGUUCGCAAGGCUCUGGGAUACAAGAUGAUUGGAGAUAGCAGUGAUGCAGUUUGGGGCGUGAUGGACAUGGUUCCUCGUACCAAUUUCCCCGAUUUCCGCAAAAAGUCGGCCAUUCGCUCCAAAGCAGGAACUAUCAUGAUCAUCCCCCGAGAAGGCGGAAACAACAAUCUCACACGAUUCUAUACCGAGCUUCCCUCGGGGACAAACCCAAAAGAUGUGACUCUGGAAAAUCUACAGCGUCAGGCAAAGAAGAUUCUGCAUCCAUAUCAGAUUGACUUUGCCGAGACUGUAUGGUGGUCUGCGUACUCAAUCGGUCAGCGCCACGCCGAUUUCUUCCACAAGGAUCAUCGAGUCUUUUUGGCUGGUGAUGCUUGUCAUACCCACUCUCCCAAAGCUGGCCAGGGUAUGAACGUCAGUCUGCAAGAUGGAUACAAUAUUGGCUGGAAGCUUGGUGAAGUCUUGACAGGUCUAGCCGAUCCUUCUCUGCUCGAGACAUAUGUCCUAGAGCGGAGAAAGACUGCCAUCGAUCUGAUCAACUUUGAUCGCUACUUUGCAAAGCUAUUCUCGUCCGGAGCCAACACAUCGGCGGAAUUCCAGGAAGGUUUUAUCAAAGCAGGAAAAUACACAGCUGGUUUGACAGCAAAGUAUGACGUUUGCCCCAUCACCACUGCUUUGGAGUCUGAACUUGCUUCGAAUGUUGUUAUUGGCAUGCGACUGCCCAGUGCACAGGUCGUGCGGGUCUGUGACUCAAAGCCUCUCCAGCUUAUGACGACACUUAAGUCGGAUGGCCGGUGGCGUAUUAUGGCAUUUGUGGGUGAUCUCACAAUUGCAGAGAACCGGAGCAAGUUGAAGACGAUCGGAGAGUAUCUGUUCUCGCGCGACGGACCUAUCCAUAUGUUCACACCGACAUCGCAGGAUGUCGAUAGUCUAAUCGAGACUAUCGUGAUUGGCCAUGGAAAGCGACAUGAUAUCGAAUUGGAGCAAAUCCCCGAAUGUUUCUACCCAGUGGCUGGCAAGAAUCAAACUAGGGAUUUGCAUAAGAUAUACUACGAUGAUGAAAGUUACAACAAGGGCCACGGGCAUGCAUAUGAGUUCCUCGGCAUCGAUCCGACACAAGGGGCUCUGAUCAUCGUCCGACCUGAUCAGUAUGUGUCCGCCAUAUGGAAACUUGACGAGCAUCGGGAAAUUGGCAAGUUCUUUGGAGGAUUUCUCAAGCCGCAAACGCAUGCAGAGCUCUGUCUAGCUGGUUCCCCCGAAAGUAGACUGUAA